ACGAAGCUGCACCACAAUGGCCACAACCAGUUCACGUGCAACCUCAUCUCACCGGGAAUCGGCCGCGUUGCUCGAGAGCAGCAAUCCAUUUCCGCGUACCAGGUAGCGAGGCACCCGCUUGCAGUACGUGCAUGA